AUGCCAUCUAACUGUCAAGAGAUUCGACAAGAACUGAUUGAAUGCAUGCUCAAAUCAGACUGCGUGUUAAAGAAGAGAAACACAGUAAAAGAGUGCUUUAAAGAAGAACACAAGGCAGAUGUGCCUGAUGAAUGUCUAAGCAUCAAGAAGAGUUUUGCAGAGUGUAAACGUGGCAUGAUUGAUCCUCGUAUGCGUAUGCGUGGCAACAAGACACAAUAA